AUGAGUUUUCAGGAUUUAGAAGCUGGAAAAGGAAGAUCGAGGAAGAUCAAUGGUGGUCGACAAGAUUCGACGCAAGCCGUCGCUUCCGGAAUAUUCCAGAUCAAUACCGGAGUUUCUACGUUUCAGCGGCUCGUCAACACACUCGGUACUCCCAAGGACACGCCGGAGCUCCGGGAGAAGCUGCACAAGACACGAUUGCAUAUUGGGCAGCUUGUGAAGGACACUUCAGCUAAACUCAAAGAAGCUAGUGAAAAUGAUCAUCAAAGUGGUGUCAAUCCAAGUAAGAAGAUUGCAGAUGCUAAACUUGCAAAGGACUUUCAAGCUGUGUUGAAAGAGUUUCAGAAAGCUCAACAAACAGCUGCUGAAAGAGAAACAGCUUAUACUCCUUUCGUGCCUCCAUCCGCAACUCCUUCUAGCUAUACAGCGAGUGAGGAAGAUAAGGCCCCGGAACAGAGGGCACAAGUUAUGGAGUCAAGAAGACAGGAGCUUGUGUUGUUAGACAACGAGAUUGCAUUCAACGAGGCUGUGAUCGAAGAAAGGGAGCAAGGGAUACAAGAAAUCCAUAGUCAAAUUGGCGAGGUUAACGAAAUAUUCAAAGAUCUUGCGGUUCUGGUUAACGAUCAAGGAGUCAUGAUAGAUGAUAUUGGUACUCACAUUGACAACUCUCGAGCUGCAACUUCACAAGGAAAAUCUCAGCUCGCACAAGCCGCAAAGACACAAAAAUCAAACUCUUCUCUGACAUGCUUGCUCUUGGUGAUAUUUGGCAUUGUACUCCUGAUCGUGAUUAUCGUACUCGCAGCUUGA